AUGCUGCUCAAACAUUGGAAGGCUGCAGCAUUUUUGGCGAUUUCGGCCGCCUCCCACGUCGAUGCUGGUUUCCUGAAUUUUGAAGGGCUGGCCAAGCGAAGCAAUGAUGGAACGGCAACUAAACCUCAGAAUAAAGAUCAAUUUAUUGACUCUUUGAUAUCAAAGAUGACUGUGAGCGAUUUGGUCCUGCAGCUGCAUCUCAUGUUUGGGGAUGACAUUGUUGGAAAAGACUCUCACAAUGAACUUUACGAUCAAACGAUGCAUCUUAGUCCGACAUCUCCUAUUGGUGUGAUACACGACUGGUACCCCAUGAACAAGUCAUUCUUCAACUCUAUUCAAAAGCUUCAGUUAGACAAGUCGCACAUCAAAGUCCCUAUGAUGCUUGUUGAAGAGUGUCUUCAUGGUGUUGGAUCGUUUAAGCAAUCGCUGUUUCCGCAGAAUAUUGCAAUGGCAGCUACAUUUGACACCGAUAUCGUCUACCGGAUUGGAAGGGCCAUCGGAACUGAAGCAAGGUCGAUUGGAAUACACGGCUGUUUCUCACCGGUCCUUGAUCUCGCUCAUGAUCCUCGUUGGGGGAGAGUACAAGAAACCUUUGGAGAAGACAAAGUUCUCACAUCUCAUAUUGGAGUUGCUUACUCUUCUGGCUUAUCCAAGAACAAGUCGUGGUCAGAUCCUGACGCGGUGUACCCAAUCAUGAAGACGAAUCAGCACUUUGCCGCACACGGCGCAGCUCAAGCUGGUCACAACACAGCUCCGUUCACAGGCCUCGGAACUCGACAGAUUAUGGAGGAUCUUUUGGUUCCUUUUAAAGCCAACUACGAGUUAGGAGGAGCUAGGGGAGCAAUGAUGGCAUAUAAUGAGAUUGAUGGAAUUCCUGCAGCUGUUCACCCGAUGCUAUACCAGACUCUAGAGGACUGGAACUUUGACGGCUUUACUCUGGCGGAUGAUACUUGCAUGAGAAAUAUUCUUACGCAGCACAGAGUGGCAAACUCUCAGGCGGAUGCAAUGCAGCAAUGGUUUAAUGCUGGCGGCAUGAUUGACUUUUACGAUUGGGAUCUGGACUCCUACCUUACCAUUACAAAAGAUCUUGUGGCCAACGGAACUGUGCCUCUCAAGACACUCCAAUCUCACGUUCGGAAAAUCUUGGGGGUCAAAUGGGACCUCGGCCUUUUUAAGAAUGCCUACAUUCCCGAGAACAUCGAUCCAAUUGCUAUUGUGGCGAGCCACCAGGACGUUGCACUGGAGGCGGCACACAAGAGUAUCGUACUGCUCAAGAAUGACAACAACACACUGCCGUUGAAUCCGUCAUCAAACACCAAGAUUGCACUCAUUGGACCGUUUGCUGACACCAUUAACUUGGGAGACUACUCUGGAGCUCUAGGGCAGUAUCCAGCUAAAUAUGCAGACACGCUCCGCCAGGGCAUGUUGAGCCAUCUGAAGAAGAGUGGCCACUCUGGAGCGCAAAUUUCGUCAAGCUGGGGCACCAAUAGCUGGGAAUACAACAAUCAAUACGUUGUUCCCGGAUAUCUUUUGUCGUCAAACGGGAAGACUGGUGGCCUCAAGGCGACGUACUAUGGUGAGACAAAUUUCACCUCCCCGAAAGCGUCACGGUCAGAAGUUCCUGCCCAAGACUGGGGUUUAUAUCCACCACCAGGACUUUCUUCGAAUAAUUUUAGCGCUGUCUGGGAAGGCCAAUUUGAAUCGCCUACUGAUCUCGACGUCAACGGGUGGAUCGGAAUUGCGAUUGGACCAAACAGCACAUCGAAGCUCUAUGUUGAUGGCAAGUUGAUUACAUCCAAGGGCUACGGACCUCAAGGAAACGUUAUAGGGAAUAUCCAGGGUUAUGGGUGGACUCAAGCGAAUCACUCCAUCCCUCCUCAAGACGGCGUUGAGUUUACAUUCAAGAAGGGCGCUAAGCAUCAAGUCCGUAUCGAGUUUCAGUCAUGGAACAACUACAAGAAGACGGCAAAUGUCAACUCGGUAAACUCACAGCUCAUUUUCUGGUGGAAUCUUGUAUCGCCCAACGGUGACGCACUCGAUCAGGCAGUAUCAGUUGCCAAAGAUAGCGACGUUGUCGUUCUCGCAGUGGGAGCUGCCUGGAAUAGUGAUGGUGAAGGUGGCGAUCGCGGAACACUCGAUCUUGCACCAAGUCAAGAUGCUCUAGCCAAGAAGAUUUACGCACUUGGAAAGCCCGUAAUUCUUGUACUUGAAGGUGGAAGACCCUUUGCCAUUCCUGAUCACUACCAGCAGUCGUCCGCCGUAUUGAGCACAUUCUUUGGCGGACAAGCUGGAGGACAAGCCAUUUCGGAUGUACUCUUUGGCACUUUUAAUCCAGGGGGACGUGUGCCAAUCACAGUACCUUAUUCAGUUGCUCAGGUCCCAGCUUAUUACAAUUAUAAGCCAUCUGCCCGAGCUGCCCAAUAUCUCGACAUUCCAUCGGAUCCCACCUAUCCAUUUGGAUAUGGUUUAUCUUACACCACCUUUUCAACUUCUUCUCCCACUGCAUCCGUUAGGGGCACAAGCUCCAAGAGAUCCAACUUCGAUGCUCUGGCUAGUGGUCAGACUUUUGGCGGUGGUGAUUGGAUCACGUUCUCGGUAACCGUAGAAAACACUGGCUCCGUUUCUGGCAGUUAUGUUGCCCAGAUUUACUUACUAGGUCGGGUGUCAACUGUUACUCAGCCGGUUAAACAGCUAGUUGGUUUCCAGCGAGUAUAUCUGGAUGCCGGUGAGAAAAAGAGUGUUUCUAUUAAACUGGAGGUUGACCGAUAUCUGAUGAUUCUCAAUCGAGCGAAUAAAUGGGAGCUGGAAAAGGGAUCUUAUACAUUUGCUCUGCUGGAGAAUGGCGGUAGCAAUGCAGACACUAGUAAGAGUGUCACACUGCAAUGUGCUGGUUAA